GCAGGGCACCGCUCUGGGUGACCGCGAUCCGGAGCCCGACCGGAGGGGGCGGUGCGCCGCGCUCUCGGGUGCACGGGCGGACGGCGCCCGGGCCCCGCUCCCCAUUGGUCGUCACCUCGGCGGGGAGGGGCCGCCCCGGGCCCGGGGCACCUGGAGUCGCCUCUCCGCAGGGAAAUCGGCGGCUGGAGGGCACGGGCGCCCAGAGAUAAAGGCGUCCGGAGGAAAGGCCCGGGGCCGCUGCCGAGCUCUCCGCGACCGGCUCUGCCCUGUCCGCCGCCCCGGCGCCGGCCACGCUCGGAUGCCCCCUGCGCCCGACCCGCCAGGCGGAAACUUUGCCCCGCCAAGUCCCCCGCCCGCCUAACAGCGCAGAGAGGCGCCUGGUCGACCGCGUGCCCCGCCGGGGCCCCGAAAACCCGCGCGUGAUUGCGGGGGCCCCCCGGCGACCGGCCCCCGCGGCGCCCCGCCGUGCGCGAGCGGCCGCCAGAAUGCGCUACGCGGACCCCUCGGCGAACCGGGAUUUGUUGGGGAACCGAACUUUACUCUUCAUUUUCAUCUGCGCCUUUGCCUUGGUGACCUUGCUGCAACAGAUCUUGUACGGCAGAAACUACAUCAAGAGAGGCCUCCAGUUUGGUUGGCAGAGUGGCGACCAGCUGGCCAAUUGGACGGGGCUCUUUAAUGUCACGGACGACCCAGCAGUACAGAGCGGCAGUGACUCCAGCUCCAGGUACUUUGAAUUUUACGAGGGCCCGUUUGAAUAUAACUCCACAAGAUGCCUGGAGCUGAGGCACGAAAUCUUGGAAGUGAAGGUGCUGUCCAUGGUGAAGCAGUCGGAGCUGUUCGACAGGUGGAAGAGCCUGCAGAUGUGCAGAUGGGCGAUGAAUAUCUCGGAAGCCAACCAGUUCAAGUCCACUCUGUCCAGGUGCUGCAAUGCCCCCUCCUUCCUCUUCACCACCCAGAAGAACACACCCCUGGGGACAAAGCUCAAGUAUGAAGUGGACACCAGCGGCAUCUACCACAUCAACCAGGAGGUCUUCCGAAUGUUCCCAAAGGACAUGCCCUACUACCGGUCUCAGUUUAAGAAGUGUGCAGUGGUGGGCAACGGAGGCAUCCUGAAGAACAGCCGCUGUGGGAAGGAGAUCAACAGUGCGGACUUCGUCUUCCGGUGCAACCUACCCCCCAUCUCGGAGAAGUACACCAUGGAUGUGGGCGUGAAGACGGAUGUGGUCACUGUGAACCCCAGCAUCAUCACAGAGAGGUUCCACAAGCUGGAGAAGUGGCGGCGGCCCUUCUACCGGGUGCUGCAGGUGUACGAGAACGCGUCGGUGCUGCUGCCUGCCUUCUACAACACGCGCAACACCGACGUGUCCAUCCGCGUCAAGUAUGUGCUGGACGACUUCGAGUCGCCGCAGGCCGUGUACUACUUCCACCCGCAGUACCUGGUCAACGUGUCGCGCUACUGGCUCAGCCUGGGGGUGCGCGCCAAGCGCAUCAGCACCGGCCUCAUCCUGGCCACGGCGGCGCUCGAGCUCUGCGAGGAGGUGCACCUGUUCGGCUUCUGGGCCUUCCCCAUGAACCCCUCGGGCCUCUACAUCACGCACCACUACUAUGACAACGUCAAACCCCGCCCCGGCUUCCACGCCAUGCCCUCCGAGAUCUUCAACUUCCUGCAUCUGCACAGCCGGGGCAUCCUGCGCGUGCACACGGGCACCUGCAACUGCUGCUGAGGGCGGCUGCGCGGGCUGGCCGGCCCCCCGGAGAGCAGAGCCCCGCUGCCCCUCUCCCGCCUGCGCCGCGCGGUGCGGGGGGGCCUGGCGGUCAGGCUGUCACUACCUCGGGCGUUCAGCUUCCUGCGUGGGGGGGGUGUGGGCCAGGAGACAGGGACGGGGCCCCCGGGGGGGGGGCGACUGUGUGCUAAGCCUUGGUCAGGGCCCCGUGUCCCCACCCUGCCCGCAGGUAGCAUGCUGCCGAGCCACUCCUCAAGAUCAGGGGCCUUGGGGGAUUGCAAGAGAAUAAAGCACAUUUGCACUCAAUUUUAGCAUUCGGGAGAGCACCCACUGCAGUGGCCUUGUCGCAGCUGAAGGAAAGCCCUCCAGAACGGAAUCGGGGGAGACCAGACAUGUGAGCAUGGUCAAGAUUUAAUUCAGAUUUUGGCUUCCCGAGUUUUAUACCGCGGCCUCAAGCCAGGAAUUGCCAUCUAGAAUCUCGGAUCUUACAGAUGAACCCAGCUGCCAGAACUUCCUGUGAAGACAGAGUGGCUCAGGGAGAUCCAGGGUCUUAACCACGGUCACUCCAACUGAUUUGAGUCCCUUAAGUGACACCAUGAGAGUUAACUCAAACCCUGUGUCUUAGCAUCUUUGCCGUGACACUGGCAGCUGAGAGCCGUGCUCUUUCACACAAUUCAGGCACACACAGAGCCUCAGCGCCUCCAGGUCCAAUCCUGCGUGUGAUCUUCCGAUGAGAAGGACCAGCCACUUGCAUGAAGGUUUUCAAGCCAAUGGUAUUGACUCAACCCAUGCUUCGCAAUCUGCUUCCUCUCCUGUCUCCUUAUUUUCAGCUCUGUUUUAACCAGGAGUUAUUUAUAAGAUCCCUUCCUGGUUCUGUUCCUGAAUCCUGAGGAAUCCUGCUGCAUUGUGUUCCCGCACUGGAACUGUGGGCUCUGGGCUGGAAAGCACAGAGAUGGAACUGACAAGCUCUGCGGAUGGAAGUGCGUCAUGGCCUCCGACACCAGCAUCACUGAGGCCCCAUUGUGAAGGCAGGACUUCCCACACCCCACAGCCUGGUGGCCUUCGCGCACACGGACCCACAGCCUGUGCUUUGGGAAGUUAACUGGGCCUGGGCCGAAAGGGGUUCACAUGGCAUUUCACCUCUGAAGUUCAUUCCCUUUCCUCCCCCCAUGGUGUUUCUGCCAUCAGCGUGGUCCUACCCACAAGACACCUGCGGUGACUUGCCUUAGAACCUAGCUUUGUGGACUCGUGGAAUGUUAGUUCUGGAGGGACUUGAGGCCCCUUCCUCCCACUCCCCCCCUUUUUCCAGAAGCCUAUUCUUCUUAGGUCUGGGGGUGGGCUUGGGAAGACAGGGUGACGAAUAGAGGCAGAGUCACUUUCUACUAGGGAUGGAGGGUAGACAGUACACAGACACCACCCAGCCCAGCCUGCUGGGUGCCCUGAGGAGGGUGGAUAGCUUCGAGGUUUCAUCAGGGAGGGGAGCCCGCCAUCCGAUGACCUCCUUUUACAGGCAGAGCAGCAGGCCCAGCCAGUGAGAGACAGGAGAACGCGGGCUCAGCCCCGGGCCUCCAGGCUCCUGUCCAGGGCUCCUUCCUUGGCAAAACCACAUUGUUUGGGCUUGUGUUUCACAUUGGUGGGCUGCUGUGGAGCGCGCUGUUCUAAAUGCUGACCUUCCGCCUUCGUUCUGAGCCCUGGCCCUGACUGGGCAAGCCUCGGGCCGCUUGUCUGUAGAGCAGGGAAGCAGCCAAUGAGACGACAUAGACCUUAGCGAGCCCCGUGAGCUGGGAAACACUGUGCAAGGGCAGUGGACGACCAGGCUUCCUGGGGUUCUGCCCGUUCCUCCCAAGGAAGGUAUUUCCGGGGAAGUUUCCAGUUAGCCAAGCUUUCCAGCCCCGUGUUAGUGGUCACUGAGCCCAGUUCUUGAAACCGUGGAAUGUCAGGGCUGUGAGACUUCUAAAGACCAUUCUGUCCCAUUUAAGGAAACAGGACUACAAGGGGGAGAUGGCCUGGGUCAGAUCGUGCCUGGGGCUCUACUGAAUGCCUGCUGUGGACGGAGCCCCCUGGGUAACACUUCCGUUCCAGGGAGGGCUGUGGGGCGGGCAGGAGCCGUGGCCAAUCAGACAUCAGGGUUCCCAUCACUUGAGGGCGCCACGGGUUGGCAUUUGCCCAGCAAGGCCCUCGUGGGGGGAGGGGGGGUUAGAAUGCAAUGAUCCACCCUGUAGAGGAAUCAGGACUCACGGUCCCAUUUUCUUAGGGUGAGUCUCUUCUCUCCCCACAGAUCUGUUUCUUCAUCUCUACAAUUAGAGGCUUAGGAAAGAUCUCUAGGGUCUUUACAAUCUCUAAUUUGUUUUUGGAGGUAUUCCUGAUGUACGGAUCCGAGCCACAUUACUAUUAUAAUAGCUAACAUCUAGUGUGUGCUCAUGGUGUCAGGCCCUGCACGGAGCACUGUCUUUGCAAUUACCUCCCGAGAUCACCCCAAGACCCCCUUAGGUAGGAAGGCUCCCAGGGGGCAGGUGAGAAGGAGGCUCAGAGUGAUUUAGUGACUUGCCCAUGGUCAGGCACCCAACGGAGGAAACCGCGCCCAGGUUUGUGGAACCUCAAAGCCUAUGCUCCGGACCUCCAUCUUAGCGGCUUCUCAGCCAGUGUCACAGGGGCUGGAACGAGAGGGAUCCUGACGAAGGUGCCACUGCAGGGCGGGACUGGGCCCUGCUCCAGGGACAAAUGCUCUGGGAGGCUGUCGUGAGUCCAGAAGGCAGUCUCUGCUUGGAGGUGUCCCCUGCCACCACGUGCUGUGGCAGCGCUCACCCCCACCCCCCAAGCCCCUGUGGUAGAAUGGGUGCCAUUCUGGCGCUGGAGGGAGUUGAGGUCGUCUCUACAUCUUGCAGAUGAGAGCUGCCCCGAAAGAGUGCAUGGUAAGUGACAGCAUGUUGAGUGACUUGCCCAAGGCCCCAUGGCCAGCCGGUGCCUCCACUGGGACUCACCCAGUCUCCUGACUUCCAGGCCAUUCUGGUUCUCCAGCAGUCGGUGUUUGUGGGAGAAACGUUGUUUCCAAAGGCUCACUGUUUCCUGGGCAUUGACUCAGGAAGCCCCUACCGUGUUCCCCGCAGCCCCGACACCAACCCACGGUGCAGUGCAGAUUCCCAGUUCAAUUCUUAUUAAGGGAAAUCGAUUCCCCACAAAUAAAACAACCCUCCUGUCUUCCUUUGUGCUAAACCCACUGCUCCAGGGUUGAAAGGCAGCAAAAACAAGUUAAUGACUCAGUGCUUAGCCAAGCAGAACGGAAGGUGGCUUAAGGUCAGAUGCAACCUUGGAGACUCAGCAGUGCUGCGAGUCAGCUCCGUCCGCUCAUCACCUGGUGCUGUGGAGAGCAGAGAGCCUCAGGGCCCCUCCACUCUGCGGAGUGGGGGGGCAGGGGCCGCACUUCCACCAGUGGAGGGAAGGCACAGGGCUGGCCUCAGCCGGGCCUUCAACAAGGAAUUAUUGAGCACUCGCUUUAGGCGGGGGCGUUGUGCUCGGUACCGGGGACCAACGAUCACAUCAUAGCCCCUGCCCUCCCGGGGCGUGUCCAGACGCUGCACCGAGAGCCCACAUGCUACACGGGAGCUGUACUGGGAGUUGGCAAGUCUGGGCUCGGGGACAGUUGUCAGGGGAAGAGGACAGGACAUGCCAGCGUUCUUGCCUCCCAGCAGGGGCUGCUUCUCCGGCCUCAUCCCUGACAUUCAUGUGACAGGUGGCAGGGAUGGCUUCGCCUUCCUUUUGAGUCCUCUCCUCUUUUGUUUCCUAUCCAACCACCCUCCCCUGACGUUCCUCCUAUCUCUGAAUGUUCCUUCUCAGGCCCCUUUGUUGAUUCACCUUCCGUGAGGCUUCCUCAGGGCUUGCUUCUUGCAGCAGGAGUGCUCCUGCAGAAAUCUCAUCUCUUCACAGCCCGGCCGACCUGUCCCUGCGUCUCAGCCCCCUUACCCGCAGGCGGGUUCUCCCUCCGAGCGCCAGUCAGCACGCUCACCGUGGCCUCCUGACCGUCUGUACGCAUCCUGCACCUCCAACCUCAUCGUGUCCUAACGGGCAUAGUUGAAAGGACAACCUGGCUUCAAGGUUGCCUCUUACCACUUGCUAGCUGGGUGGCCUUGAGGGGGCUGCCGAAGUCCCUGGAGGCUCUGAUUCUUUAUCUGAGGGGCGAGGCCAGGACACCUCUCCGGCUGUGGCGAGGGUUAAGUGAAAUAGGGGUGCACAAUGCCUAACACAGAGCCCGGCACAGACUAGACACUCAGCCAGUGCAGCUUCCCUUGCUUGGUGAAUGGCUCUCCUGCUCUCCCCCCAGAAACCUGGGUCACCCUGGGGUCUUCCUUCUCUUUCACCUUUGACGUCAGCACAACUGCUGGAGAACCGCACCCCGCGAUGCCUGCCGUUCAGUGGUUGCCGCCAGGUGAGGGGUCUGGCUUGAAAUUCAGACCGGGGUCUUGGGUGAGAGAAGAGUGAAAGUAAAAAUCUGGCACACAACCCAACUCCUGCACUUUCUAUAAAUAUGAAUAUAAAAUAUAACCCACUAUUAAACUAGCAACAAAAAAAUAAUUGGGAAUCUAAAACGUUUAUGAAAUCUCUUUUGGCCUUGACACUAUCAGAUUUCUUUGUCUUUCUAUUUUUGAUUGUGAUAAAAUACACAAGACAUACAAUUUUAAGUGUACAUUUCAGUGGUGUUUUAAGUACAUUCACGUUGUUGUGCGACCGAUCUCCAGAAUACUUCUCAUGUCACAGAACAAACUCCUUACCCACCAGAGGACGACUCCUACUACCCCUCCCCCAGCCCCUGGCAGCCACCGCUCUGCUUUCUAUCUCUCUGAAUUUGACUAUUCUAGGUGCUUUGUACAAGUGGAAUCAUAUGGCAUCUGUCCUUUUGUGACUCGUUUAUUUCAUACAGAAUCAUUUAGGUAGGUACAGGCUGUUCUCAAAUGUCAUUAACUGUUUUAAGUGUUUCUGUAAUAGAAUUCUGAUUUUCCUUUUUGUCUGGAGCAGUUGUCCUGGUCCGGUCUGUCUGUGUCCGGCUUCUUGGUCUGUCCCCGGCUUCUGAUGAUCUUGGCACCUUUGCUGCGGCUCAGAGCGGACCUGGUCUGCUUUGCCGGCUGGGCUCGGCUGUCCUGGCCAGACAGGGUCCUGAGACACAGCAGCUCUGCCCGUCAUUUUGAAGUCUUUAGUUUUUUUCCCCUGCCUAGUCUCUUCUGUGAACACCCUCCCCCCUUUUUUUUUCAUUUCAAAAAACGACGGAGAGGGAGGGCAAGAGAGAAAUCUACACUUCAGUCAGUGAUUUAGCUCUUGGCACAAAAGCCAGAAAUCAGUGACUUUCUUUCCAUUCGGGGGAUGGUUCCCUUGGCAACUAAGUAACUCAUUUCCUUCAACAAAAUGACUUGCUCAGCUUUGGGGUAAAAGUUUUAUUUUCUCUGGUAUUGUGGUUCUCAGCCUUGUGUGCACAUUAGAAUCAACGGGGGAUCUUUAUAAAACAACCGCCCCCACCCGCCCCGCCACGUCCUCACCCUCCCAGAGAAUCGAUUCAGUUGGCUUAGGGAUAGGGCCUCCUAUCUUUAUUUUUUAAAAAUCUUCUGUGACUCAGGGGCACGGUGGUUAAGAUUCAUGGCCCUAAGGCAGAGGGGCUCCCCCUGGCUGCUCCGGAGUCACCUAAGAAGCUUUGAGAAAUACCCCUGCCUAGACCCCGCCCGCCCGCAGAGGCUCCCAUCCAGUUGGUCGGAGGGAGGACCAAGGUACUAGCCUUUCAGCUCUCUUGAUGAUUCUAAUAUGCGGCCGGGGUUGGGAACCGCUGUUGCGGCUCUUCAACCUGAACCCCGUCAGCGUCCGAAUCACCUGGAGAGUUCGGGGGGCUCCUGGGCCCCACCCUGGGGUCUCUGAUUUGGGGAGCUGGUGUGGGGCCUUUCGUAGCCAAGCUCCCAAGCGGUGGUGAUGCUGGUCCCCGGCCACUUGGUCUAGAGGGUCUUGCCAACUAGCUUGACCCUGUUCUCCUGCAUUUUUUCCCCUGUUGGGGGGUGGGAAAAGCUGAUUCAAGCCUGAGGCUUCUUAAAGGUACCAAAUAGCUUUUCUUUUUCCGAACAUUUUAAACAUUGGAAUAAACAUUGAGAAAUAUUUUUGAAGCAAGGGUACACAGAUUUCUUCUCCCGGGUUAGAUGGCUCAGAGUGUUCCUGAAUUGAGAACUUAUUUGUGCCUGGGAAUAGGAUACAUUUGUGAUCAGAGCUAAGGGGCUGGUGUCCCUGGAGGGGGGACCACCAGCCUGUGACCAGGUGAAGGUCAUUUUCUGACUGGUGCUGGAAAGUGGGUAGGAUCCGUGCAUCACACUGCACUCCCAGCGCAGAGAGUUCCUGGGCCCCUGGGCAGGGAAGAUGGGGCAGUGAUCUGUCCCCGCCCCCACGGCACCCAUGGAAAACCAGGUAGUGAGGAGGAGACUUCCUACAGAAAUGGCCUGUGUGACCCAGGGAGGCAAGAACCCUGCCCCUUCCCUCUGCAGAACCGCCCCCCCACCCCCGCCACAGCGUGGUCCGGGAGAACUUUAUCUGCCCAGCAGCUCAGAAUCCUGCAUUCAGCCUCAAAGUUUACAAGACCCCCUGAACUCACCUUGAAGACCUGUUAAGGGAGAAUAUGGUUACCAGCUUACAGAAACAAGGUCAAAGCACACCCCCCUCCCCAGGACCACUUACCCCAGCAAGCUCACUCAGCCCUUAGGUCGCUGGGGACUCAGAUGAAGGAAAAUUAAUUUUGAGCCCCUGAAAUAGAUGCUUUAAAGUUCUGCACUGAAGACCAAACAUCUUGCUAACAGCAGAUCCCUCGUGGCGUUCACUUUAAUUUUAAAUUCAAUUCUAGGGAACUUGAUUCUGGUUUCUCAUAACAAAGUGAACGAAGAGAAUGACAACAGGGGCUGGAUCCAGCGAGAAGCGGCAGCUAAUAGCCUCACAGUAAUGGCAUUAAAAGGACCAAAACUCUACGUGUCAGAAAACACCAUGUGAUCUGAAGCCAUUUAGCAGAAGGGCAAACAUGUUGUCACAACCAGAGGGCAACGCAGCGUUUUCUGAUCUCACCCUGCGAUGUCCGCAACCACACAGGUACGGAAACAAACCGCGUUCAGUAUACUGUGUUUCAGAAGGUGGAGGAGCUGCUGAUGCAUUUUGGAGUUAUGUCCAUCCCCAAAACACUUAAAACAGCAUCGUAGAAAUCUUGGUGCUUAAAAGGUUAGCCCUCAGUUUUCUUGAAGUUCAGGUAGUUGCAAUAGUUCAUUAUCUGAUAACGUAGGAUACACGAGGUGGGCAGCGUCACUCCUUUGGACUCACGUGUUCCCUCUGACACUUGCUACCCCUUCCCCCAAGAAAAAAAGGCGAGGAGAAGGGGGGCUGCACCCCUCCACUUGCCCUCCCCCUUGAAGGGAACUGCAGCGUGGUGGAUGGGGAAGGGGGCAGGGAAUUCUCUUUCUGCAUCUCUGCCACUUGAGGUGGCUUUGUUGCACUGGGACCAGGGCAGGCUCUGUGGUGACCUGGGCCUGAAUUUAUCUGUGAAUUUAAGAAUAUGACUCCCCCCUCCCCCCGCAGACUCCCCUACCCCCGUCCUGCCCAGGUUUCUACUUUCCAAACACCUUCAUCAUCGAUUUCCCACCAGGACUGGCUGGGUUCCUAUGAGAAGGCUGGGGCAGUUAGGGACGUCCCUACCUGACUGAGGCCCGGAAAGAUGAUGGUGGCAUGCCCCAGCUCACAUGGGACUGGCCGGGGGUUCUGGUGUUGGGUGCCCACGCUUCCCGAGCCGUGGGAGGGGCCCCUGCUCGAGCCUCUGGGGCUUUUCUGCUCUCUUCCCUCCGAGGUGCUCAGGCUGAUUGGCGUCUGGUCCAGGCCUGGCCUUCCCCCCUGGCCUCACGCCCUGCCCAGCUCUGGGGAGGGCCCUCUUCGGUAUUCAUUCCUCUCUACGUCCUGCGCUCAGGGUACCCAGAGCCAGAAGGCUCGGUACCCGGGGGGCUGGGAGUGGAGGCAGUUGACCUUGGCAGACAGUCACCCAAGGCCACGAGCCUGAACAAAGUGGGCUUGUGGAGGGAGGUGGCGUCAGACCCGGUGUGCAGCCCCCUGGCGCUGUGGCUGUUUGGGAGGAGGCUGGGGGUCCCAAGCGACAGAUCCUGCCAGCCCAACCAGGAGCCAGCUCAACUGUGCCCUUCCUUCUUCAGCAGGACCCUUGACUCUCACGGCAGCUGCCCUUGGAGAAUGUCCUUCUGCCCCAGGUUGCUUUGGGGGACAGCUGAUCCUCCCCGGGGCUCCCACAUUGUGCACAAAUGUUUUAGGGAUGCAACAGGGUCUUUUUGGUGGCCUGCAAAAAUUUCCUUUCUGGACCCAACUUCCCUCCCUUCAGAAAGCCAUAACUCUUCUUCAAAGCUGUAUUGUUUGAACUGAAAUAUAUGCAUAUGUAUUAUUUCUUUUUUUUUAACCACACUUUAGCUCAAUGAGCAGAUGCUGGUUUGUUGAGUGUUACAGUUUGGAGUCAGUCCCCUGUCACCUUGCUUCCCAGAUGAAGCCAGGACAGACAAUGGGGUCCGCAGAGGAGCAGUGGGAACCUUUUGCCCCGCAGCCGUGUGCUCCCGUGUGCUCCCGGGUGCUCCUGGGUGCUCCCUGCCCUGCAGCUGUGUGCGGCUUCAGCCUGGCUCCAGGUCGGUUUACAGAAAGCCCUGCCUCGGGGCACCUGUGAAGGCAAAGGAGUUUGUCCCCGAGGGGUUGGUGGCACUGACUCAACCCCGAGUGGCCUAUUGCAUGUGACGACCUAAAGUGGCCAUGCAGCCAUGACCUCCAUGUGCGCCUGGGCCCCGUGCCUCUCUUGCUGUCCUCUCUCAGGGGCUGGCUCACACUGCACUGUGCUCCAUAGAGCCUUUCCCACUGCAGAAGAAAAGGGAGACCCAGGUGUCAUUUGCUGGGACGUGGAGACACUCCAUCUGAGUGGAACCGGACUGUUGCUGAAAACCAUCCGCUCCGGCUCUCCGGGCUCGCGCCCUCCGCUGCCCUGAUCACCCAGCAGAGAAACGUCCUGUGCUGUCGGAGGAGCCGCGGGAGCGGGGGCUGCUGCCCUUCCCUUCUCUUCACACAGCCCGUGCUCAGGAGCGGGGGUCUGCACGCACCCCCCGCAGCCCGGUGCCAGCAGCGCGUGGCUGUCUCUGAGGGAUUCGGGAGUGCUGGCUGAUCUCUCCUCUGUGUGUAAUCAGGGUACUUUCUAUCCGUCACUGUGCUUGAAAGGCCCUCCGUUUCCACCCAAUAAAGCCAGUCAGACGGUUCGUCUAGCAAAGGCUCUUUGGCUGUGGCCGUGUGUGUGUUUGGGGAUCGGGCUCAUGCGGCACAGCCCCACGGGAGGAGGCUGCGGGGACUUGCGAGGGACUCCUGCCACCCUGGGCGCAUGUUUGGGGGGGCUUGGUCUCCUCAUGAGACCUGCCCUUGUCCGAGCAGGGGAGUAGGUGGGCUCCCAGGAAGGCCUCAGAGCCAGAUCCAGGCCAAACCAGGUGCAGUGCUGAUGCGACACUCUACAGGACACAGGAGGACAUGGAGAGGGGACCGCGGGCUGGUGUCCGGGAGAGGCCAGGAGGGCCGGAGGGCUGCCUGAGCAGGUGGCGCCUCAGCUGUGCUUAGACCUGGAAGCUAUGCAGACCGACCUCUCUCGAAGCAAGGUCACUGUCAAGGUCUAGAGUCACAGCAAAAGGCAUCUGAGCUCUAAUUACCUUCUUAUAAACAUUUUUUAAAAAGUUCUUUCCAUGCCAAUCUCCA